CUACAGCGAGGAUUGUGCCUCUACUCCUGCUUGUACAGACUGCUUUUCCAGCAGCAUGGACACAAGAAGCAUACUGUAUUCCCUGAAUGACUACAAGCCACCAAUUUCGAAAGCGAAAAUGACCCAAAUCACUAAAGCAGCCAUCAAAGCUAUUAAGUUCUAUAAACAUGUGGUACAGAGUGUUGAGAAAUUCAUUCAGAAAUGUAAACCAGAAUACAAGGUACCUGGACUUUAUGUUAUUGACUCCAUUGUACGACAAUCUCGACAUCAGUUUGGUCAAGAAAAGGACGUGUUUGCACCCAGAUUUAGUAAUAACAUCAUUAGCACUUUCCAGAAUUUAUAUCGUUGCCCUGGGGAUGACAAGAGUAAAAUAGUGAGAGUAUUGAAUUUAUGGCAGAAGAACAAUGUAUUUAAGAGUGAGAUUAUUCAGCCUCUUUUGGAUAUGGCAGCAGGAAUUCCUCCUCCAGUUGUCACACCUGUCCUGGCCAGUACUACUGCUGCCAUGAGCAAUACCCCAGGAACUCCUGUGACACCUGUUACUCCAGCCAAUGUGGUCCAAGGUUUACCUGAUCCAUGGGUAUCCCAGAUAGCAAAUACAGAUACACUUACAGCUGUAGCUCAGAUCUUACAAAGUCCUCAAGGCCAGCAGUUUCAGCAGUUAAUACAAACUUUACAGAUACAACAGCAGAAGCCCCAGCCUUCCAUUCUGCAGGCCCUGGAUGCUGGUCUUGUUGUUCAGUUGCAGGCUCUGACCGCACAGCUUACAGCUGCAGCUGCAGCAGCCAAUACGCUCAAUCCCUUAGAACAGGGAGUGUCUUUUAACAAGAAGUUGAUGGAUAGGUUUGAUUUUGGAGAAGAUUCUGAGCAUAGUGAAGAACCCAAAAAAGAAAUUCCAACUUCUCAACUUUCUCACGUUUCAGAAUCUGUGAACAAUUCCAUUUUUCAUCAGAUAGCAGAGCAACUACAGCAACAAAACCUAGAACAUCUCAGGCAACAACUCCUGGAACAGCAGCAGCCUCAAAAGGCAACCCCUCAGGAUAGUCAAGAAGGAACAUUUGGAUCAGAGCAUUCCGCGUCACCCUCACAAGGGAGCAGUCAACAGCAUUUCCUUGAACCUGAAGCAAAUUUGGAUGAUUCCAUAGAUAUUCAGCAACAGGACAUGGAUAUAGAUGAAGGGCAAGAUGGAGCGGAAGAGGAGAUCUUUGAACAAGAAGCAAAGAAAGUGGCUGUUCGCUCGAGAUCAAGAACACAUUCACGCUCUCGUUCAAGGUCACCAAGAAAACGAAGGUCUAGGUCACGGUCUGGAUCUCGAAAGCGUAAGCACAGAAAGCGAUCACGCUCGCGCUCAAGAGAAAGAAAGAGGAAAUCAUCACGUUCAUACUCCAGUGAAAGAAGAGCUAGAGAAAGGGAGAAGGAACGACAGAAGAAGGGGUUACCUCCAAUUCGGUCUAAAACAUUAAGUGUGUGCAGCACUACCCUCUGGGUUGGUCAGGUGGACAAGAAGGCAACACAGCAGGAUUUAACCAACCUGUUUGAAGAGUUUGGACAAAUUGAAUCCAUUAAUAUGAUUCCUCCCAGGGGCUGUGCUUAUGUCUGCAUGGUUCAUCGACAAGAUGCAUUUCGGGCUCUUCAGAAGCUUAGUUCUGGAUCAUAUAAAAUUGGGUCCAAGGUCAUUAAGAUUGCUUGGGCUUUAAACAAAGGUGUAAAAACAGAAUACAAACAAUUCUGGGAUGUGGACCUUGGAGUUACAUACAUACCAUGGGAAAAAGUUAAAGUGGACGACUUGGAAGGUUUUGCAGAAGGAGGCAUGAUUGACCAGGAAACUGUAAAUACGGAAUGGGAAACUGUGAAAAGCUCAGAACCUGUUAAAGAGACGGUCCAGACAACUCAGAGCCCACCUCCUGUUGAAAAGGAAACAGUGGUCACAACCCAGGCAGAGGUUUUUCCUCCACCUGUUGCUGUGUUACAGAUUCCAGUAGCACCAGCUGUGCCUACAGUUAGUUUAGUCCCACCAGCAUUUCCUGUGUCAAUGCCGGUUCCUCCUCCUGGAUUCAGUCCAAUACCUCCACCUCCUUUUCUACGAGCAAGUUUUAACCCUUCACAACCACCUCCUGGUUUUAUGCCACCUCCAGUUCCACCACCUGUUGUACCACCGCCUACUAUUCCACCAGUAGUACCAACAUCUUUGGUGCAGCCGCCAUUAUCCAUGACUCCAGAAACUGUGAAAGAGGUUGGAUUUGGUAGCCUUGUUUUACCAGGUGGUUCUGUUGCCAGCAGUCUUGCUCCUUCCACUCUGCCAGCUGGAACUGUUUUUAAUCCUCCCCCUAAACAAGCAGAGCCUGAAGAAAAAGUACCUCAUCUUAUAGAUCACCAGAUCUCUUCUGGUGAAAACACCAGAUCAGUGAUUCCAAAUGAUAUUCCAAGCGGCUCUGCAAUUUUAGGAGGACAGCCGCCAAAUAUGACAAACAAUUCUGGAAUUCUUGGAGUUCAAAGACCAAAUGCACCAAGUAAUUCUGAAAUGCUUGGAGUCCGGCCAUCUAACGUUUCCAGUGGUUCUGGGAUUAUUGGAGCCCAGCCACCAAAUAUUCUAAAUAACUCUGGAAUUUUGGGAAUACAACCAUCCGGUGUUUCGAGUAAUUCUGGACUUAUGGGAGUACUACCCCCCAAUCUCCCUAACAAUUCUGGACUUAUAGGAGUACAGCCACCCAAUGUUCUAAAUACGUCUGGACCUUUGGGAACACAGCCACCCGGUGGGCCUCAAAAUUUACCCCCUUUACAUCUCUCUAAUCAAAGGAUGCCUGUAAUGCCAAUGUUAGACCUUCGUCCAGGACUAAUACCGCAGGCACCUGGACCAAGAUUUCCUUUGCUACAGCCUGGAAUUCCACCCCAACGAGGACUCCCUCCCCCAUCGAUGCUUGAUUCAGCUCUUCAUCCACCUCCCCGUGGUCCUUUUCCUCCAGGAGAUAUUUUUAGUCAGCCAGAAAGACCUUUUCUAAUUCCUGGAAGGCAAAGUAUAGACAAUAUUGCUAAUCCAGAAAAAAGGAUACCGCUUGGAAAUGAUAACAUUCAACAGGAAGGCGAUAGAGAUUACAGGUUUCCUCCUAUAGAAACCAGGGAAAGCAUGAGUAGACCUCCCCCAGUGGAUGUUAGGGAUGUGAUUGGGCGGCCUGUAGAUCCCAGAGAUGGUCCUGGAAGGCCUCCAUUAGAUGGCAGGGAUCAUUUUGUAAGACCUCCUGUAGAUAUUAGAGAGAAUCUUGUGAGGCCAGGCAUGGAUCAUCUUGGUCGAAGAGACCACUUUGGCUUUACUCCAGAGAAGCCAUGGGGGCAUAGAGAUUUUGAUGAGAGAGAGCAUCGGGUUCUACCUGUCUUUGCUGGUCCAAAAGGCUUACAUGAAGAAAGAGGGAGAUUUCGGUCUGGAAGCUAUCGAUUUGAUCCCAGAAGUGGUCCUUGGAACAGAGGAUUUCAAGAAGUUCACAGAGAUUUUGAUGACCGCAGAAGACACUGGGAGAGGCAGAGGGAUAGGGAUGACAGAGAUUUUGAUUUCUGCAGAGAAAUGAAUGGAAAUCGUCUUGGACGAGAUAGAAUUCAAAACACCUGGGUCCCCCCUCCCCAUGCUCGGGUUUUUGAUUUCUUUGAAGGGGCCACUUCUCAACGAAAAGGUGAUAAUGUGCCUCAGGUUAAUGGUGAAAAUGCUGAGAGACAUGCUCAACCACCACCUUUACCAGUACAGAAUGAACCUGAACUUUAUGAAAAACUGACAUCUUCAAAUGAAAUAAACAAGGAGAAGAGUGACACAGUUGCUGAUGUAGAAAGUGAACCAGUGGUAGAAAACACAGAAACUGAGGGGACAUAAUCAUCACUCAGUAGGCAAGAUGAAUGAAGUGCUGGCAGCUUCCCGUGCCCCAGGCCUUGUAGGAAUAAGUGAGCCGCGCACCAGAGGGCUCAUGUGCGCCACACCGGACCUGGUGCAAGGACCAUGUGCAAGGAAGCCUUAAGGAACCCACCGUUACCCACUGAGAAGGCUCUGUGCCCUCGGGCCUUGCUUCUGCUUGAAUCCAGAGGUUGCGAGCAUGCUUCCCUAUAUCACCUGUUGGAGCAGGUUUAAUUUUAUAAAUUUGAAACACAAACUCUAUGAGUUUCUAGUCCAUCAUUGUUCUUGUUGAGGAUCCACGCAGAUGAACAGGGCGGCGUCCGGAGGCGAUGUGCACGUCCACUGGACCAGAGUUGACUGCAGCAUAAAUGGCAGCAGGCUCCAUCUGCCUCUCCAUCCAGGGCCGCUACAGAAGGACAGUUAGCAAGGAGACCCCUCCAGGAGAGAAGGUCCCAUUGUGUUGGAACCACAGAUUCCUAGAGCCAUAGCUUCAGUGACCAAGGCUGUUCUCUUGAACACAGCGUGCGUAGACUGCAGCUCUUGAUGGUGGCUUUCAUCCAUUAUCAUUGGUCAUCGCCUUGGACAGUUGCCAGCAUUGGACGUCUUAAGCGUUCAUUGAAAAAAAAUGCAGCUCUGAGAGAAUCCAGGGCUCGAUACAGUGUUCUGGGCACUGCACUCCAGCGUUCGUGUCACAGUAUUACUAAUGGCAGGUGCCCAGGUGGUUGAUGCCAAACCUAGUGGGAGAGGCAACGAUGGGCAUAUUACAUUGUGUUGUAAACAUACUUUAUAAGUACAUUUCUUAUUAGCUUCUUAUUCGGGCAGAGACAAUAACAUUUCUCUCUUGAGUUUCCAGACCAGGAUUUGUGUUUUGGAAAUUACCAGUGUUCACAAUACCUGCGGGGGGGGGGGGGGGGGGGGGAUGCAAAAACUCAAGUACGAGCACUCUUUAUACCUGAAAGAAUGUUUUUAUCAUUCUUCUGUUUGUUUUGGCUCUGUCACGGAUUGAAGUGCUUGGAAUGCCGGA